AUGUUUUUCCUUGGUUUCUUUAAACUUCGAAAAAAAAAACACUUCUCAUUCAUUUUUCCACACUUCCAUUUUUUUGUGUUUUCGAUGAAUGCCACUUUUAACCCCUUUCUUCGAUCUAACUCGCAUAUAAUCGACUUUAUUGAUGGAACCGGUUGGAGGAAUUAUUAUAUUCUGGCUUGUAUUUUUAUUUUGCUUCAAGUAAUGUUUCCAUUUUAUGUGUAUGUCAAUAGAGUGAAUCGAGAACGAGAUAAAAAUUAUUCUUCAUCGUGCUUGCGGAUUUUAUUUACGGUCGCUCGAUGUUGUUAG